UUUUCGACGUACGAGCAAAUCAGUUUGCUACAGUACAUCGCCAAUUCAAAUAGCCGAAUUACGUGUGCCAAGUUCCUACUAAAACAAUUGGGAUUAUAUUAAAAUUAAAUAAUUUAUUGUGGUGGCUGAAAGCUCAAUAUUCAUUCAUUGUAUCCCGUGCAUAACUUUGUGCAAUCGUCAUAUUUCGUGCGUAAAACUCGUCAAAUCAAAAAGUGCAUCCUAAAAAUAGUUUCAAUUGUGGAUGUAAAUUAGGCCGACUUGGAGUCAAACGAAAAUGCCUGAAGCCCACGUUCCCCCAACAGCUGAAACAGAAAGGAAGUUAGCAGUCCUCUCAAACGGCGGCAUAGGAGAUUCCGACAUAUUUCCGCUUUUUGAUAAUGGCAGCGAAGAUGAUGUCUACGUCCUCCACCCGGAGGAGGAAAAGUGGGGCUUCCGUAUUACAGGCGGGGCUGAAUUCAAAAUGCCCGUGGUUGUCUUUCAAGUGACUGAGGGAAGUCUAGCCGCAAAAAACGGAAUUAAACUUGGCGACGUCAUUCGUAAAAUUAACGGAAUCGACUCAAGUACUCUAAACUUGUCUGAAGCGCGAAAAAUAAUCGACCAGGCGGAAGAAUCUCUUGAGCUAAUAGUUGAGAAGAUGGAAGAAGAGAAUGAAGCUGGCGUUGAAGAGAAGACCAUUGUCUUGAAACAACCAUUGAUUUUGAAGGAUUUGGCUCCGCCUCGUGCUCAUAUCCAGAAACGGUUGGAUAUACUUCAGCGUAAGCUUGCGGAAAUUGCGGAGAUCCCUAAACUGUUGCAAUCAACUUUAGAAACUGUAUCAAAGACAGUGGAGCAUGCGAUGCCUUCUGAGUCCUUGCAACAUGAUUUGCAGGACAUCUCCGAAAGUAUAACUGAAAAUUAUGCUUACGCAAAAACUGAAUUAUCUGAAUACGAAUAUGUGGAGAAUAAUUAUGAGUUCAGUGAGGAUGGCGAGGAAUAUGAAGAUUGUUAUUAUGAAGAUUCUUUGGAUUCUGAUGAUUCUUCGUAUGAUGAUGAAGAAGUAGACGAAGAACCUAAACUUUUACCGGAGCUCGAAGUAGUUGUGGAGGAGCCAACCCCAGAACCUACUGAAGAAGAUCUUCUAAAACGCGAGAAACGGGAAAAGAUACUUAAAGUGGAAAAGUCAUGGCCAUGGGAGGACCGGAAGAAAGUGAUCCAUAAAUUCUCAAACAUUCGUCUGGCCCCGAGUGUUUCCAUGGUUAAGGAAAGAAUACAACAGUUUGAUAAAACCGUUCUCUCGGGCAGGAAUUUCAAUAAAUUUUAGUUUUGUUCAAUAUUUUGUCAAAUGCUACAAAUAAAUAAUUAUUUUUUUUUGUAAUUCCAUGCAAUUCAAUAAAAUAUUUAGGCUUAGAAUAA